GGCAGCAACGCUAAACAGACAGUGGUAUUCAGGUAACUGCCGUCGUCUGCACGGAAUCUAGACUCAAGGGCGAAGUGAUUCGACGGGAUAAAACUCGAGCGACCACAUUACGAGCCCUGAGGCCUGAGGCCUGAGGCGGUGACGCUGUGACAUCGCCGGCGAGCUGGGUCGGACACACUUGCUCCUGUCGGAUCUGCGUUGGAAGAUGUUAGCUAGAAGGUUCCUUCCCAGACACCGCCUUGGUAUCGGGUCCGUGCAUAUACAAGUACAGGGCGCCCCCGACGUCUUGAUCGUCAGGGAGCGCCUGCGUCGUAUCCAUCCGGCUUCUCACGUUUCGCGCCAGGCCGACGCCGGCAACAUAACACGGAUUGCACGGAAUCGCACUAGAUUGAACACGGGUGGGAGGACAAGUCGGAACGCAAUCUCAUGGACGCCACUGACGGAUCCCACCCGGAUCCCGCACCCACCGCUUCUUCUCGUUCGUCACUCAACUCUGGCACACCACACUAUGUCGUAACCCCCACCGACGAAACCCUCGGCACGCAACGCUUCCCUGUCGUAACACUCUCUGAUCCACGCGUCAACGGCCCCGACCCUCAACCCCUAUUCUAUCCUUCUCCCAGUGAUACCGUCUCGCUCGGAGCGCCCCUCUCUGACUUCGACGAGACGGAGUUCGGGCGUGACUACCCCAGCGGACAACGUCAAGACGGCUCAGCCGUCAUACCACCACAGCAACCAAGCUUCGCAGACCCAUACCUCUUCCCGCUACUGGCGCGGAACGAGCUGAAGCGCCUCACUUCACUAUGGUACUACACCAAUUCCAUCCUCAACGAUCACGAUCUCCUAGAGCAACUGCAGGGCACCGUCGACGUCGUCCAUGACAUCAUGCAGCAGGAUUGCACUUUCCUCGGCUUGAUGGACCACGACAGCUACACGCACAUCGUCACCAACAAUUGCCCGCUCUCCACCGUUCCCCGCCGGGAGGCCACGUGCGCGCACACCAUCCUCCAGGACUCAGACACCGUCUUCUCCCUCCCGAACAUGCUCGAAGACUGGCGCUUCGCCGCCUCGCCGUCCGUCCAGGCCGGCAUGCGCUCCUACGUCGGCACCCAGCUCCUCUACCGUCUUCCGGGAACUGACGUCGAGGUUGCCUUCGGUUCGCUCUGCGUCUCCUCCAACUCGCCCAAACCGGCGCCGAGCGCGGUUCAGAUCAACACCCUCAAGCGACUUGCGAAGACGAUGGUGCACAUGAUCGUCGAGCGUGCCAACAUCCGGCGGCGGAAAGUCCAAGAGGAGAUGGUCGCCAAGCUCGCCGCAGUGCUCCAGGACGUCACGCCGGGUAAUCUCAUCGAGCGCCGGCUGAACGUCCUUCGCGAGUGUUACCCAAGCUGCCACGUAUCGUAUCAGAUCCAGCAGGACGGCGUCGUCCGCCUCCGAGGCGGGCCUCGGGUCCCGUACGAGCAGGUGCGCGACUCCCUCUGGGAGGCGACGGACGCCAUCCUCAAGGUAAUCCUGGACAACCACACCCCAAUACACCUCUCGCGCCCCACGAAUCAGGCCGUGCGCGCCAUCGUCGUUCGCGUGCCGUCGGCGGACGACGCGUACCUCGUGGUGGAGACGGACGACCUGAAGACCGUGUUCGACACCAUCGACGUCUUGUUCGUCGUCCAGUGCGCCACGUCCAUCUCUAACGUCGUCAUGAGUGCGGACCUCAACGCGGCAGCCGCGUCCAAGGACUUGUUCCUCCGUGGAAUGACCCACGAUCUCCGGACGCCCAUCCACGCGAUCAUCGCGUCCGCCGAAUUGUUGAAGGAGGGGUCCUCGGACGUCGAAUCAACGCCACGUACGCCAGGAAAGGAAACAUCCCGACGCAUGCUGGACGUCAUCGAAGGCCAGGGCAACCACCUCCUUGCCAUGGUCAACAGUCUGAUCCGCCUCAAUCACCUCGGGGUGGCCGACCAGUAUGACCUCAGCACAUCCUUGCAAAACCUCGCAGCAAUCGAGCAAAGCGUCGUGGAAGGGAUCACGAACUCUGCGGCGUACGCUGAGCGGAAGACCGAAGUCGCCGUCUUGGUCGAUAACCAGCUGCCGGCGACGGCGGAGCUGCUCCUCACCAACGUAGCAACCCUCGGCAUCGUGCUCAGUUCCCUCAUGGGCCACGCACUAUCGACGACGACCCGGGGCAGCAUCUGCCUCCGCACGUCCCUCUCGCCAGACCGCGCCUUCCUCGACUACGAGGUCAUAGAUACCGGAGCGGGGAUCGUACCCCAAGAUUGGGGGCGCGUGUUCCCCCCUGCCGAGCCCGUAGCGGAUCCCGACGACAGCGACCCCGCACAUCUUCGUCUCAGCAUAGCGACCGCAUCCCGCAUCGCAAACGCGCUGAGCGGGGCACUUUCGCUCGUGUCCUGCACCCCGGGUCGGGGCUCCCACUUCCGGUUGCGGCUCAACAAGCCCGUGAUUGCUCCCGACAAGGACCCGGAGAGCGUCCGGCACCGAUUGAAGAAAUCGAUUAUGCCGCUCACGUAUUACGUGCUCGACGGUGGCCCGCCGUCGGUGACGCACGUUGCCCAGCAGCUCGGAAGGCUCGGCUUCACCGAGACUUCAAAGGAAGGGGCGGCGAUCGCCCUCGGCGAUGCCAAGAUGGCGCGUUUGGCACUUGAGCGACUGACGAACCCGUGGCAGACCGCGUUCCUCGUGUCUGACUCUAUCGAAGAGGCUGGACAUCACCGGCGCCCGUCUAAUCCGCGGGUGCUCCGUAGCCCGUCGCCGGUCGUUCGCGCGCGUCUCUGGGCCGUCAUCGACGCGGCCCUGCAGAACUACCACCGACGAGGACCGCUCUCCGCCGGCGCUUUCCAGGCAUCGCGCAACUCGACCCCGUCCGCCGGCGACGCGCCCAGACGCGAUCGGUCCUCGAUUCGCCUGCUCAUCGUCGACGACAACGAGAUCAACGUCAGGAUACUCGUCAUGUACGCCAAGCGCCGGGGCUACGCGCACGCCACCGCACGCGACGGGCAGGAGGCCGUGGACCAAUUUGCAGACGCGCUGGCGAGCAGGGCCCAACAGCCCGCGGGGACGUUCGACCUGGUGUUGAUGGACCUGCAGAUGCCGAAGAUGGACGGCGAGGAAGCGACGCGUCGGAUCCGGGUGCUGGAGCAAGACGCCGGCGUGUAUCCUAGCCUCGUCUACAUCGUACAUGAGGUAUUCGCUCCUAAGCUGUCCGUGCCCGACCUCAUCCUCGUCUCCAUUGAUUGGCAUUGGUUUUAUGUUCAUUGGUAUGCCCUCGCCAACUCGACCAACGCAUUUAAUGGCCUGCUCCUUGGACCGGUGCACGGGCACAUAUGCGACAGCGCGGGUAUUCCUACCGUAGCGGUCCCAGACACGGCCGAAAUUCUGAACAUCGUCCUUCGCGGAAUAUACAAUCUGAGCUUCGCAAGCCCUCUACCAUCGUUCGAGGCGGCAUCGAGCGCUGCAGUGCCUCUCCUCAAGUACGGCUUCGAUGUCCGGCGUAUGUUCGCGCCUUCGACCACCCUCUUCGAGCUCUUUUCGACCCUAUACGCGCCCUUCGUGCCGAUGGACGUCUACUGCUUCGCGGCGCUGUACGAUCUCGCCCCCAUCGCAUCUGUCGCGUCCGGACAUCUCCUCUCCUUCUCUUUCUGUACGCUGGACGACGCCCUCGCGAAGAAGAUUGGGCCUCGCUAUCUCCGCCUCCUUCUCUGCCUCCACCUCGGACGGAGUGGCGCGCUGAAGCGUCUGCUCCUCCCGCAGCCGACGAUGCAUCCACCGAACACGGUAUGCGGCAUGGCCGAGCAACAGAACUUGUGUAGCGCGUGGGCGUUGGCAAGCGCCUACCUCUCCCGGGACCCGCGCCCGAAUACUACUUCCCAGGAUAUGCGAAGCGUAUUGUAUCCCAUAUCCUGCAGUCUCGAGUGCGCGCAGUGCGGGCUGUCGUUCGUGGACCGGUCGUUGUCGUUAAUCGCUGAAUGGGCAGCAGUGAAGACGACCAUAGUCACGGAAUGA